AUGUCUUCCAAGCUUGCUUCAUCCACCGCAACGUAUUCGUCUUCACAGAUGAGAGUUUUGAGCCAGGCCAGUCUCAUGAACCAAUUUCUUUCUUUCUUGUUGAAGCACCUACCUGAUCCUGGACAUCUGUAUGGUCCCGACGGUCCUGCAUCACGUCUGUUCAGUGCGUUUGCGGAUACAACACGCGAAGAAAUCACAACUGCAUUUAGUGGAUUGAGCGUCAUUAUCUGCUUGAUGCUUGGGUUUCCGAUACUCGUUGGUUACACCUAUAAAGUGCUCUGUUAUGUGAUGACGCAAACAUAUUCUUGGAUGUUCGGAUAUUUUUUGUGGACCACCAGCCCCAUUGUCCUUGCGCAGCAAGAAAAAGCCAUUGCACGGAAGGAGGUCAUGAUUCUGCAACAGACUCAAACUCUUCAGUUGGACGUCGAGAUUGCACUUUACAAGCGUCUUGCUGGAGUUCUUGAGCGUUCCGCGGCAACUACUCAAGACAGAGCCAGCGACUUUGAGAUCGAGAAGGAAUUAUUUGUAGAAGAGCUUAUAGGGGAUGUUAUGUUGUAG